AUGAAUACACCUCACACACAUAUUCCAUUUUAUAACAAUCAGUGUUUUUUUACAAAAAAUGUAGAGCCUAAAAAGCAUAAUGUGAAUCCAUUUUCCAAUAGGGAAACUAACGGCCCAAGGAAACUUUUCAGCUUUCCACAAAUGAAAGCAAAUGGGCAUUCAAAUAAUAAUACCCACUUGAAAAUGAACAGAAAUAUAACAUUUAGUAUUCCAUUAAAUAUGGAAAGAAGAAUUAAUUCGAAACAAUCGAAUAGUGGGAAGAAAUAUUUUAACAAUAUAGCUAGUAUUGAUAAUAAUUGUAUCCAAAAUAUAAAUUUUAAUGAAAGUAAUAAAAAUGCUGAUUCACAAAUAAAAGGACAACGUGUAUACAAACCAAGAACAUCCAAAAGCUUAUUUAAUUUACAAAAUUUUAAAAAAAAAAUGAAUAAUUCUUAUAAUAUUUAUAUAGAAAAAUGUUCACGUGUUAUCAUUUUUGAUUUAGAUGAUACCUUAAUUCCUACGUGUUGGAUUAGGUCAGCUUUAUUAUCAAAGCGUAAUCCUAAUUAUGACCAAGCACUUAGAGAAUUGCAGAAAGAAAUACAUUUAAAUAAAAAAUAUAAUUUUGAAUCAGCUGUUUGUUCGGUUAUUCAUUUAGCUAUUUCUAUGUCACACACUGUAUUUAUUGUUACAAAUGCUAGGAGUGAUACAUGGGUAGAAACAGUAAGAUGGCUAUUUCCACAAUUUUCGAAAUUGCUGGAUGAGUGCCACAUACCUAUCAUAAGGACUGAUCAGUAUAUGGAACCUUCCCCCCUUAAUGUGUUUGAAUACUUUCGAUACUGGAUGAACGCAAAGAAAAAAAAAUUUGAUGAAAUACUUAAGGACCAUUGCAGUUUUUAUCAUGAGUUUAUUGCAAACAAAAUAGAUUUUAUUUCCUUGGGAGACACGGAAUUUGAAGAAGUAGCAGCAUACGAAUUACAAUCGAGUAACAAAAAUUUAAUAAAAAGAGCGUUUAAUGUAAAAGUUCAAACAGGCUUAUGUAUAGAAGACUUUAUUGGGCAAUUAAAGUUAAUCCAAGUCGCACUGUCGAUUGUUGCAAAAGGAUCAUACGAUUAUAAGUAUUUGGCUUUAUCAGGAUCCGUACAAAUUAAAAUGUUUUCAUAG